AUGUGUACGGCAAACGUCACAAACUUUGACAACUUGACCGAGGAGUCGCUGAACUCUUCUUGUACGAAAGAUACUGUGGGCGUCGCCGCCAAGCUCCCCCUGCCCAUACCGAUGACAUGGGACAACUACGUCCCGCCGGCAAUCUUCGCUCUCAUCUUUCUCAUCGGCGUUGCCGGCAAUUCCCUGGUGAUUUACGUGGUGGCGUUCUUCCGGAAGAUGCAGACCGUCACCAACUUCUACCUGUGCAACCUGGCCGUGACAGACAUGGCGUUCCUGCUUUGCUGCGUUCCGUUCACCGCUAUCCAGUACGCCAUGCCGUCGUGGAUCUUCGGCGAGAACAUGUGCAAGAUGGUCAACUACAUGAUGCAGGUAACAGUCCAGGCUACCUGCCUGACACUGGCUGCGGUGAGUGUGGACCGGUACUGCGCGAUCGUACAUCCCAUGUCCUCGCUCGUCUUCCGCAGGAAACGGGUGGCCCUCUCCGCGAGCGCUCUCAUCUGGAUCGUAUCUUUCCUGAUGGCUGUGGAGGUGCCCAUGCACUACCGGCUGGUGGAGUGGAACUGGGCCCCGUACGGCCGGCAGACCAUCUGCCGACCGGUCAGGCCGUCUAAGGACUACGAGAAGGGGAUGAUGAUCUACACAGUGUUGUCCACCUACUUCAUCCCUCUCGCGAUCUGCCUCGUCUGCUGCGUGCCCAUCAUCUACCGCCUCUGGCACCGCUUUGACAACGUCUCAGCGCUGGUGCCGAGGGACAACGCGGAAAAGACCAGGAAAAGCACCUUCAUGGUCCUGGGUGUGAUCGUCCUGUUCGCCCUGUGUUGGCUCCCGAACCACGUCAUCAACCUCUGGUGGCACAGCAGUUCCAACAAACAGCUGACGGCCGUGGUGUACUACAGUAAGUUUGUGGCGAUGUGCUUGAGCUACUCGAACUCCGCCAUGAACCCCUUCGUGUACGCCAUAGUCGGCGACAGCUUCCGGGAGUGCAUCAAACAGGCCUUCUCCAAGAAGAAACACCCGCGGCCAUCUUCAGGGACCAGGCUCACACGACAAAACAUGACGCCACAAAUGGAUUCUCGGUUUCUGCACUGCAACAUGUCGGGAUCCGGAGAGUCGGGUAGCUCGACAAAGAUCCAGCUCUUCGAAUCGAUGAAUAUUAAGAUUGAGAAACAGCUGGUAGUCGUUGAGGCCGAAUCCUCGGUGUAA